AUGCUCGUCCUUGAAGAGCAGCGUUACAUCCAUGAGGAUCUAGAGCGUCUUGAACAAGGAAUCGCUGAUCGCAUUCGCGAUGAGCCCAGACAUGUGAGCAUCUCCAAUUCUUUACAGAUUCGUCCGCUAACAGUUCAGAUUCGUGAUCGCCUCAACAGAGAUCAUGAGAUUUCCCAAUUACUAGACCAGAUCCAAGUUCAAUCUGGUACCCUUCUCGACAUCUACAAAGACGAAAACGGAGUCCGAGCACAAGAGAUUCAACAGAUCGGUACUGGCGACCCAUUCGCAGAGUUCUACAAGCAGCUCAAGGAUGUGCGCGAGCAUCACGAGAGAUAUCCUCACGAACAAGCGGAAAACUCGGAGCAGCGAUACAAGGUCAGGAAAUCCGAUGGAGAGCCCAUGCCUUCUAUUGUGGACUCGCUGUUCUCUGGAGAGGAAGCCUACGGACGAUUCUUCGAUCUCAACGAAUGUCACGAAGCGUACCUGAACCUUCCUAAUGUCCGACGACUCACAUAUCUUCAAUACCUCGAGAACUUCGACAACUUUUCUUCAGCGCAUGGCGGUGUCACACGACCGCACAAGUUGACGGAUCAGUACUUUAAGUAUGUCGGCCAACUAGCAGACUACCUCGAGAGCUUCAUGCGACGAACACGGCCGCUGGAAAAUGUGGACAAGGUUCUCGCUUCUUUCGAUGACGAGUUUGAAACAGCAUGGGAGAAGGAUGAGAUUCAAGGUUGGGAGAAAGAUGCGGCUUCGAUGAAUGGUACCGCCAAGGAGGCCAGUACACCGGAUGCUGUAUGGUGUGAAGAUUGCGAAAAGGAAUUCAAGAACGAGAACGUCUUUAAGAACCAUCUUACAGGACGAAAACACUUGAAGGCGGCAGAGCAAAGGAAACAGCGUCAAGACUCGACUCCUACCACCGACGCAAACACCUCUUCGGCAACACGACUAAAAGAGCGCGCGGUGGCAGUCCGAGAGUAUAGAGUAAAGCGACUAGCCAGCGCCAUGAGCACCGAGCGAAGCGACACCAAAGUCAACGUGGAGCGCAAGCAAGGCAUGACAGAGCGCGAGCGAGCCCAAGAACUCGAAAACAUCUUCAACAACGACGAAACACCCCAAGAGACACAAGAAGAAGGCGAAGGCGAAGACGAGGACGGCGAAGAGCGAAUCUACAACCCCCUCAAGCUCCCUCUCGCCUGGGACGGCAAACCCAUUCCCUUCUGGCUAUACCGCCUCCACGGCCUGGGCGUCGAAUUUCCCUGCGAGAUUUGCGGAAACUUUGUAUACAUGGGCCGACGUGCGUUCGACAAGCACUUUAACGAAGCGCGACACAUUUACGGACUCAAGUGUCUGGGAAUCACCAACACGACGCUGUUCAGGGACAUUACUGGUAUCGCGGAGGCGUUGUCGCUUUGGGAGAAGAUUCAGAAGGAGAAGAAGAGGACUACGGUUGAUGAGGGGAGUGUGGUGCAGAUGGAGGAUGGAGAGGGCAAUGUUAUGCCUGAGAAGGUUUACUAUGAUUUGCAGAAGCAGGGUUUGCUGUAG